UGUGUGUGUGUGUGUGUGUGAGGGUGUGUGUUGAAAAGCCAAAAGAGGCUUGGUGUCACUUGAUUCUCAAACCAAUCACAACCUUUGAAAACAGUCCUUGUGAAGGGGUUAGAACAGUAUAAAGGUGCUCAGGAAAAAUGAGAGAAAACAGAGAAAGAAGAACUGAAGUCGAACAAGACACCAAAAGCGAAACUUUGAAGAAAAGAGAACCUACAAAAGGCAAAAAGAUGAAGACGUUCACCCUUUUCAUCCUCUGUGCUGUGCUGUCUGCCUGCAUGUCUACAGGAGUACUGAAUAUUGCUGCUGAACCUGACGCCGAUCCUGCACCUGACCCUGCCACUGAUGCCCCCGCUGUGUCAGACUCUUCCUCUGAAUCAGACUCUGCAUCAGACUCUGCCUCUGACUCUGCAUCAGAUUCUGCAUCUGACUCUGCCUCUGACUCUGACUCAGUAUCAGACUCUGAUUCUGCAUCUGAUUCCGCCUCUGAUUCAGCCUCCGAUUCUUCCUCAUCUGAGUCUAACUCUAACAGCGUUGAAGCUACAGGUGCACCUGACCAUGUGAUGGUGAAGAGAUCUAUUGCCACGGCUCUGCUGAGGAGACACAGAAGAGCUGGAACUCCAGCAGCAGACCUGACCCUAGCUCAGCUGGAGAGUCUGCACGAGGUGUGUGAGGCCAACUUGGCCUGUGAACACAUGUCUGACACCAACGGGAUCGUGGCAGCUUACACCGCAUACUACGGCCCUAUCCCUUUCUAAAUGGCUUCGGAGAGAAGUCGCUUCUACAAGGACUCAAAGCUAAUCCAGAUUUAGAUGGAACAGAAAUCAGCUUUGCGGUAUUUGAACGGGUCUCACUGCCUCCGCUGCUUUGCAUAGAUGUGAAGGGAGAAAAGUAAACAGCUGUUUUUUAGCUUUUUUUUUCGACAGCUUUGCUGUAUGUUUUCACUGAAACCACUAGAAAGUUUCUGGUUUUGUAUCAGAGGU